CGGGCCUAGUAGCAACCUACUCAAAAGAAAAUCAAUAUGACGGAUCAUCCGUACGAAAGCGGGCGGCUCCCUUUCGGAUGGGAGAACGUCGGCGAGUACUGGCCACAACGGCUUAUCCACAUACCAACCAUGACGUCCAUCUCCAGAGACGACACCAAUGUAUAUGAGUUUGGCGAAUUAAGGGUAAAGGAGCCCUCAUAUAGCACGCUAUCAUACACCUGGGGUCGCUGGAGGAUUAGAGACGACUCGGCGCAGAGUGCGCCUGUGCUACCCAUCAAGAACACUCCAUGGAAAAUUCCUGCUGUGAUGCAGGAGCAUUUUAUCGUGCAGGGCUUCCAAAACGUUGUCCGCAAAAUACAAAUGGAAGGUACCGAUUGGGUCUGGAUAGACGUCGGCUGCAUCGACCAGCAUCGAGGUGUUGAAAACUCUCAAGCCGCUAUCGAGAUCGGUCAACAAGCUAGCAUCUUCAAGAAAGCACGAAACACCUUCGUUUGGCUGUCUCGAGUACAAAGUGGACAACUCCAAUCUGCUUUGGAUGAUAUCCUGGGCUACAGUCUCAUUCUCGAUGAGUAUGUUCACCGUCCCUCGAUCGAAAUCGACUUCGACUCUACGAUUGAUAAGCUCCAGAACGCCUUUAGCCUCGUAUUUAGUGACCCAUGGUUCUCGUCGUUAUGGACCCUACAAGAGGUGGUUCUGAGGCAUGAUGCUCUUGUCCUCUCCACCGAGGGUGAGCCUGUGCUAUGGGAAAAGGAGCCGACAGAGCGUCGCAUGUACCUGACCAUGUUCAUCAACCACUGUCGGAAUGUGUACAAUAACUUGGCUGAAGUUGAACGCCAGGCGACAUUGGUGCCCCGUUUGGCGCAGACCGCCUACGGGAUUGAGCAUAUUAUGCAAAAGAUAGUCCAGGCGGGAUUCUACUAUCUCUUCAGCACCAACCCAAACGUCCAGUAUGGAACAGCUCGCUACCGGACCACAAGCCGGAAAGAGGACCGCAUCUAUGCGAUCAUGCAGAUAUAUGGCAUCUGCGUUGGAAAAUCUGCUCGGCCAAACGAGACCCCGUCCCUGGAAGAACUCGUGACUGAAUUCGCAGGAGCAAUCAACCAACGCAGCCCCAUCUUAGGCCAGCUCUUCGUUCACACCGCUCGCCCAAGACAUGGGAUGACCUGGCAGAUUACCGGGGAAUCGAAAGUUCCUAUCAGCCUCAUGAUAUACAGACACCCCAACAUUCUUGCCAAUAUCAAACUCACAAAUGGCGACUAUAUUGCCACUGGAAGCUACUGUCAAUUUCUGACCUUGUGUCAUGCGAUAUCGGCCGAUGGUGGCACGGUGUUUGGCUCCUCCGAUGAAGUGGGAUGGGGUCCAGAUGCCAAUCUACAUCUGGACCACGAUAUUUCCAUGGUUCCCUCCUUUCGAACAUCCGAGAUGUAUCGUCUGCGGCGAUAUACUGGCAAUGGGCGUAAUCAUGGUUAUACCGAAUUUGAUUCUGAAAAGGUGAGGGUUCUCCUGCUGGGAGAUGUUGGAAGAGGGUGGACCGCCAAGAGCGAGACAUGGAAUCGGAUGCACGUCGGCCUCCUCAUAUAUAUACCAGAUCGUGGUACCGAGGAAGACCUGGAAGAUGCUGAAUGUGAGCGUUUGGGCGUUGUUACUUGGAAAACGCUUCACGGAAAGCCAAGCAGUUCUGUGACUGAGAUUGCAUGGCAGCCUGUUCAGCGAUUAUUAUUACGAUGAUGUAGCAGAAAGAGCGCAUUCCGUCGCCCGAGUACGAGGCAGGGCUUUUGAGCAAACUGAUGUUUCUUUAGAUAAACCGAUUGAUGAUAACAUGAUACAAGCGCACUAAAACCAGGUCGAUAAGCGAUUGAGAAUGGACAAGACAUGCUUUGCUGGCACGGAAACAAUGUGCCGUCCCGCGGCUACGUUCCAGGGUGGAGCAUCUCGCCUAUGCGGACAAUACGAGUUUUGGAAUGCAGGGUAAUCCUGCAGGAUCCGCAGCAGCGCAUGUGGUUAGUAUAUAAUUGGACAGGCUUAAAAUAUCGUAAG